CUGAAUCUAUGGCUUUCCGUACUGUUCCAGGAAGUAUUUUCCUUAGUUGUGGUAGACGGGCUCUGGUUGUGGGAAAAAGUAGAGUCAAAGAGUAGAAGUUCUUUUGUAGAGUGGAAAAUAAUCAUCAGUAUUUUAGAACAGCAAAUAAAAUGGCGGGGGGACUUCGGUUAGAGAACGCAAAUCCCUUGAUUUUCCAACGUUCUGGCGUGAGACUUCUGACAGCAAAUGACGAAGACGAAGAUGUUGUGGACCCUAUCGACGACAGGGAAAUCUUUGAUCUCAUAAGGUCCAUCAACGACCCCGAGCACCCGCUUUCCCUCGAGGAGCUCAAUGUUGUGGAACAAGUGCGUGUGCGCGUAAACGACCAGGAGAACACCGUCGGGGUGGAGUUUACCCCCACCAUCCCACACUGCAGCAUGGCAACCCUUAUUGGCCUGUCGAUCAAAGUCAAACUGCUGCGCUCGCUACCAGAAAGGUUCAAGAUUGACGUUUGUAUAACUCCUGGGACCCACGCCUCAGAGGAAGCAGUCAACAAGCAGCUAGCAGAUAAGGAGAGAGUGGCUGCAGCUCUGGAAAAUGCCCAGCUUCUGGAGGUUGUCAACCAAUGUCUGUCCACCAGAACCCUCUAAGAACCAAGCACCACUGAAUGCUGAGGGUCCUGGUAAUAUUAGCAAAUCCUUGUCCACCAGUGCUGCCCGAAUACCCUGAGGAACCAAUCUGCUCAGAGCUAUGAUGGACAAUAUCUUAGAUCUCUAUGAACAGUUUUCUGAAGCACUUUCUACUAGUGAUUCAUUCUAGUAGACAGCAAGUACCGGUAGUCCUGAAAAUGUCAUACAGUCUACUUUAUAAAUCAAUCAGUCACAGAGUAUAUUCUGAUUGUGUCUUUUAAAUGUAACAUUUGCAAUUACAGCUGACGCAUACUUGUAUGCAUUGCAGUUUUAUCUGCAACAUUUCAUAAUUUUGCUGACAUUAAAUGCUUAAUUUUAUGAAUUGUGUAUUGUGAAUAAAUACAUGUAAAAUA